GAGAGGGGGAGUACGCUCAUGUUGUGUACAGUUUGAACUCGCGGGACUAAACUUUAGACCGUUGUUAGAACGGGAACAGAGUGCUUACUCUCGGUGAAAUGUAUUGGGACUGGAACACCAUGCCCAUGACUCGAGCCGAGUUUGAAGAGAGCUCUCUCUCUUUCUCUGCUCUUCAGGUGCAAAUCGAAACCCUAAUUUUUCUCCUAUCUUUUCCUCUCUUCAUUUCUUUGCAAUGCUAGGCCUUUAUUUUCCCCUGCUGAUACUUCAUCUCAUCAUCUAGGGUUUCUGCAAUGGUUUCGACCUUUGUUAGAAGAAAAACCCUAACUUCUCAUUUGAAACCUGGUCUCAAUCUCCACUCGAACAACUUUUAUGUCACAACAAUGUCAGUUAGAGAAGCUCCAAAUUUAGCAGACUCUAAUUCAGUGUUAAAGCUCUUAAGCCCAUGGUUUAGAGAUGGUUUAUUCACGUUGGGUCUGUCAAAAAUUAGGGUGUUCUCUUCCCUGCCUCAUUUGAAUAUAAAUAAGUUUUUGGUUUACCAUUCCACAAAGAAUUUGUGGACACAGUCUGGUAAGUUCCUCAUCCUCGAACUGGCACCAAUGAAACCGGGUUGUAGUCAGGGGGUUGAUGGGAAGCUGGUAAAGGCUUUCUCAAAAAUUAGGGCUUUUUCUUCACUUUCUCAAUUGAAUCAGAAAACUUCCAUUUCUUUGCAACCACUGUCUUUGCAUUCACAACAGUUUCCCAAACAUGGAAUGAUUUCUGCAACAAGGGGAAUAACCCAUUCGUGCACUGAGGACCCGGUAAAGGAGCAGUUAAGAGUCAGGGUUCUCUCAUCUGCAGCUCAAUGGAUACCGAAAAUCUCCCUCUUUCCCCUUCAUAGAAGAACGAUGUCAACUCAGUCUGGUAAAUUCCCGGAAUAUGAAAUGCCAUCUGUGACAUGGGGUGUGAUCCAAGGGCGCAAAGAGAAAUUAGUCUCUCGGGUCAUAAUUUGCGACUAUCUAAAGUCUUUAGGUAUUAUCCCUGAUGAAUUAGAGCACCUGGAGCUUCCAUCCACUGUUGAAGUGAUGAGAGAACGGGUUGAAUUUCUUCAACAACUUGGCCUCACAAUUGAUGAUAUAAACGCCUAUCCACUUAUGCUUGGUUGUAGUAUGAGAAAAAACAUGAUCCCAGUAUUGGGUUAUUUGGAAAAGAUUGGGAUCCAGAGAUCGAAACUUGGGGAAUUGGUGAAGAACUACCCACAAGUCCUUCUUGCCAGUGUUGUAGUGGAGCUUGUACCUGUGGUCAAAUUCCUUCGGGGCCUCGAUAUAGAGAGACAAGAUAUACCUUAUGUUUUGCAGAAGUAUCCGGAGCUUCUUGGAUUCAAGCUAGAAGGAACGAUGAGUACUUCGGUUGCUUACUUGGUUAGCAUAGGUGUUAGUCCAAGGGAUAUAGGUCCUAUGAUGACCCAAUUCCCAUAUAUAUUGGGAAUGAGAGUAGGCACCAUGAUCAAGCCAAUUGUUGAUUAUUUGGUCUCUUUGGGUCUACCCAAGAAAGUUCUAGCAAGAAUGUUUGAGAAAAGAGCUUAUAUUCUUGGCUAUGAUUUGGAGGAAUCAAUGAAACCCAAUGUGGAAAGCUUGUUAAGUUUUGGGGUUCAUCGAGAGUGUCUUGCUACUGUGAUUGCGCAAUACCCACAAAUUUUGGGGCUUCCAUUAAAGGUGAAGCUUUCUUCUCAACAAUAUUUCUUCAAACUAAAGCUUAACGUUGAUCCUGAAGGGUUUGCUCGGGUCGUAGAGAAGAUGCCUCAGGUUGUGAGCCUUAACCAAUCAGUGAUUUUGAAGCCCGUGGAGUUUCUUAGGGGUCGUGGUAUAUCAACUGAAGAUGUGGCAAAGAUGGUAGUUGCUUGCCCUCAAAUAUUGGCUUGUAGAGUUGAGCUGAUGAAGAAUAGUUAUUACUUCUUCAAGAGUGAGAUGAAGCGACCAGUUCAAGAGCUGGUUCAGUUUCCUUCAUACUUUACAUACAGUUUAGAGUCAAGGAUUAAGCCCCGGUACAAUAGGUUAGUGACUAAGGGGAUCCGGUGUAGCUUGGAUUGGUUCCUGAAUUGCAGUGAUAGGAGAUUUGAGGAGAGAGUGCAGGCUGAUUUUAUUGAAACUGAGAGUGUGGGGCCAUCAUUUUGUAUGGGUGGGCCAUUGGAGAUGCCCGGAAUGGAUUUUGCUUCUGAGGAUGAAGGAGAAGAGAGUGAUGACGAGAUGCUUUACAGGCACACUGUUUCUCUCUAGUAGGCAAUGCCGUGUAUUGUUUUACAAAUUAUAGUGAAUUAAAUUAUGAAAUUCAUCUUGUUA